GCUCUCUGGGAACGCACUUCCUGGGACGCUGAGAGGGAGACGCUCCAAGAGGCUCCUCAGUGUGGGCGAGUGAAAUGCCCUGGAUGUGAGAAACAGGCCCAGAUCAUCUUUACUGUGUGUUUAGAUGUGUGUGUGUUUCUUCUAAGUUGAUUAAAGCUGUUUUAGAACUACUGGGUCCCUCAAAGGUCUGAACGUACUGCACAAGCGGCUGCCUGCCUGCCAUGGGCUGUCGGGAUGUUCACGCAGCCACAGUCCUCUCCUUCCUGUGUGGAAUCGCCUCAGUAGCAGGUCUCUUUGCGGGGACUAUGCUUCCCAACUGGAGAAAGUUACGACUGAUCACAUUCAACAGAAAUGAGAAGAAUCUGACUGUUUACACAGGCCUGUGGGUGAAAUGUGCCCGCUACGAUGGGAGCAGUGACUGCCUGAUGUAUGACACUACUUGGUACUCAUCAGUUGACCAGCUGGACCUGCGUGUCCUCCAGUUUGCCCUGCCCCUCAGCAUCCUGAUCGCAAUGGGCGCCCUGCUGCUCUCCCUGAUUGGAAUGUGUAACACGGCCUUCAGGUCUUCAGUGCCCAACAUCAAACUGGCCAAGUGUCUGGUCAAUAGUGCAGGUUGCCAUCUGGUGGCAGGGCUGCUGUUUUUCCUGGCGGGUACUGUGAGUCUCUCUCCGUCGAUAUGGGUCAUCUUUUACAAUAUUCACCUCAACAAGAAGUUCGAGCCAGUAUUUACGUUUGACUAUGCAGUGUAUGUCACUAUCGCUAGUGCUGGGGGCCUGUUUAUGACUUCCCUUCUACUGUUUAUUUGGUACUGUGCAUGCAAAUCUUUGCCUUCUCCUUUCUGGCAGCCACUGUACUCCCAUCCUCCUAGUAUGCAUACGUACUCACAGCCCUAUUCAGCACGCUCCCGCCUCUCUGCCAUUGAAAUUGACAUUCCAGUGGUUUCACACACCACCUAGUAGGGAAGUAGUUAACUGGUAGAGAAAAUUUGUAGUCUCACAUUUCCCUUGUGCAAGAGCUCUUUCGAAUCUCUGUUCUCCUUUCUUCCUGACAAGUCAGUGAAACCAAAUUUGUAUGUCCUGGUAGAAUGAAAUGCUGCUAGUUUUUAUAAGUUUAUUAUUUUAAAUGUGGAUCAUUCCUUUUAUCUUAUACUGGAAGGAUUUAUAACCUCCAUAUUGAUAUCUAAUUAUUUAAGUGGAAAGGACCUGUGUUGCAGUUGAAGUUAUUUAGGGGAACAUGGUGAAGAACGACAGCUAAUAGGAGGUGUAUACUUUUUUAAUAUUUUAGUGUAUAUUGUUCUUUUUCUGUGAUACAUUAAACUAGGGGAAAAAGAUAAUUUCACAUACUGUAUAAGAAAUUUAUUCAGAUAAGGGUAAUAUUUUGACAGUAGUCAAUAAUCUACCAGCCUCAGACUAUAACUUUUCUUACUUCUUUCUUGAGGCUAAUUGUGUUGAGUAGGCUUCAGUAUGUUUAAGGUUACUUUCUCUUGUGAGUUCCUUCUCUUCUACCUCAUGCCAGUGUUAACAUACAGUUUAAAUGAUAUCAGAAUAAGACUAACAUUUUAAAUAUCUAUUAGUUAAUGGACAAACUUUUAACAUAAUUUUUUGAGUUAAUGAUUUCAUGAGCUGUAUUACCAGAGUUAAAGUGUGCCCUGUGACAGGUCGGUGCUUCUGAGGCAGAUAAACCUUUUUUACAGAUACCAUCCAUAAAUGGUAUGUGAUCAUGCCCAUGUAUAAUCGCUUAGUGGCUAAGAGAAAUAAAAGGCCAUAAAGUUUUGUUGUCUUUUAGACAUACUGUCAGGAGACAACAGUCUGUUCUUCGGUGACAACAUUAGAGGUUCACUCUGGUGACUACGAUUUGAGUGACAAGGGAAGUGAGGUGUGGCUCUGCCGUGCGCACAUGCACCCUUGACUCUGUUCCCUCUCCA